AUGUCUGCUCCCAAGGGUCCCUUCCGUCUCGUCACUGUCAACACCGCUCCUGAGCGCGCUAAGCGUCUUAUCGGUCGUGUUGCUGAAGCUCUCAGUGACCGCUACGAGAUCAUCCACGUUGACAACUGCGAGACCAUUGCCGAGGUCGCUCCUAAGGUCACUGAGCACCAGCCCGACGUUCUGUUCAGUGCCUCCAUGUGGACCGACGAGGAGGCCAAGCAGAUCCACGAGAUUGCCCGCUCCAUUGUCCCCAACAUCAAGCUCCACGCUAUCCCCACAGGCCUCCAGGUCGAGCGUGGCCCCGACGCCAUUGUCGAAUACCUCGUCGAGAAGGUUCCUCCUCUUCUGGAGAGCUAG